CCAUCAUUCCUGGGUGCCCCUCUGCAACAACACUAGGCUUGGUGAGACAAUUUCCGGCAAACUGCUCUCUGAACACCAGAGGAAGCAAAGAAAUCUCCGAGGAAAGAAAGUGAAAGCAAAGACAGCAAAGUUUUCCUGGGACCACCGUGACACCUCAUUAGGUUUGUGUGCAAGCUUAGCAGCAAACCCCCAACUUUGUGGGAUCUGAAACAAAGCACUGACUGUAAGAGACGCAGCAAGACUACUUUUCCUUUUGUGAUGUUUUAUCUAGUAAGAUGGAAGUGAUGGCAGAUGACUAUGAUACACGAGAUAUCUUGAAGCCUCUUGUGUUCCGUCUCCAUGAGAAUGCCCCUGCAAUAGUCCGUGAGGUUUUACUGGAACGUGGUUGGACUGAAUUUGAUCAAAAGGAGCAAGAUGACACAGACUGGAACUUGUACUGGCGGAACUCACCUUUUCGUAUGACAGACCACCACAGCAUCAAACCGUGGCAGAGACUCAACCACUACCCAGAAGCUGUCAGAAUAACCAGAAAAGACUAUUUGGCAAGGCAUCUGAAACGUAUGAAAGGAGCAUACGGAUCAGCUCUGUAUGAAUUUAGUCCAGUGGCAUUCAUUAUGCCCAAUGACUAUGUCAAAUUUAUAGCUGAAUACAGCAAGGAGAGACAGUCAGUAGGCAGAAGACCUAGCUACUGGAUUUGCAAGCCUGUGGAUCUCUCCCGUGGAAGGGGCAUACUCAUUUUCCAAGACAUUAAAGACUUGGUAUAUGACUGUACAGUCAUUGUGCAGAAGUACAUUAGCAACCCCUUACUCAUUUCAGGUUAUAAAUUGGAUCUUCGCCUCUAUGUGUGUGUCACCAGUUUUUGUCCCCUUACCAUUUACACUUACGAAGAAGGACUGGUGAGGUUUGCGACUGAGAAGUUUGACCUCGGUUCUCUGGACAAUGUCUAUGCCCACCUAACGAACACCAGCAUCAACAAAUAUGGAGCUUCCUAUAAAAAAUAUAAAGAAGGGAUUGGCUGUGGCUGCAAAUGGACAUUCAGCAAAUUUCGUUCUUACCUUCGAAUUUUUGGGGUCGAUGACUUGCUUCUGUGGCAGAAGAUCAAUAACAUAGUGAUUCUCACCUUGCUUGCUGUAACCCCUUUACCAGUGGCUUCCAAUUGCUUUGAGCUCUUUGGCUUUGACAUCCUGAUUGAUGACAAAUUCAAGCCGUGGCUUUUAGAAGUCAACUACAAUCCGGCCUUGUGCUUAGACUGUUCCAUUGAUGACACUGUGAAAAGACGACUUCUUCAUGAUAUUGUUGAACUGCUGAACUACAAGGAGAUUGACACUCUCAGGCAGAAUGAAAUGACUGGGUCAAAAGCUGUCAGAAGGCGGGUGCCCUGGAGAACAGUGGGUCUGAGCACCCCAGAGGAGGAUCCUGGCUUACUCACUCGCUGGAAAGUGGCUACAUCUAAUUCUGCUUCUCCAGUACAACCUGCCCUGCAGACUGCAAGAGGAUCAAUUCAUAAGGUGGCUUUCCUGACCAAGAAAACUGUCAGAGCACAUCCAAGGAAAACACUGACUUCCCAGCUGCGGGAAAAGAUGAACAGGCCAAAAACAUCCUCACAAGCAAAAACUGAAGAUAAAAAACUCCCAGCUGUACAUUACCCAUGCAGUUCUGCCCAGCUCAGUCACUGGUUACCUACACCCGAUUUCCGCAACUGCAAGAUAAGCACACAUCCCUAUUUCCUCUCAGAUAAAGACCAGAGGCCUAUCCGCCGGGUAGGAGACUUUGUCCUUAUUUUUCCUUUCAAUGAAGCUGCACUUCAAGCUUCAAGGGAUAGAACAGAUGUAAAGAGCAUCAUAAAGGAAAUAAACAAAUUAGUGAGCAAACAGUUGCUGUCAAAACAGCAGAAUACAAAGAAGGGGGUAGGCUAUUUAACUUCUGUUUAA